AUGUCUGAUUGGACAGGUCUGUGGUAUAUCUGGUUAAUCUUGCUGAUCUUGUUCCUGCUUCUCUUCUGUGGGGUCACAGCAAGCUUCAUCAAAUUCUGCUACCGGAAGAAGAGGUUUUCAGUUGAGACCUUCUCGAGGCACCCUUGUGAUUUGUCAGUUAUUGGCAUUGAUAGUGACAGCACUGCCCACAGCACAGUCACCUCAUACAGCUCGUGGCAGUACCCUGUAAGUGUCCCUAUUCCAUCCAUAUUUGUGGAUAUGGAUAAGAACACUGUGUCCCCUCCAGCUUACAGUCCUUAUGAAGUGGAGUUGCCACCUUCUUAUGAUGAAGCUGUCCAAAUGGGUAAACAGUACAAUGAAGUAGCACAGACAAGCCAGAAACUCAAUGACGGCCCCAGAGAGGUGACAUCAGGUGGGCUGGAUCCCACACAGUAUUCCCCUGAUGCAAUCAGUAGAGGUCCAGCAGCAUAUGCAAACUCAGAGAAUGCAGAAGAUGCAGCACAAGAACGACCAUAUCUCUGAUUCCUUUCAGAUGGGGAGUAGAGGAAAGCAAAGACUGUAAGAGUUAAGGAAGAUGUGAAGAGCUUGGUUUUAGAAACAGGUUAUGAUGGAAAUAUGUUUCUGCUCCUGCCCUUGUAAUGAUCUUUCAGUUGGAAGAACUGUGGCUGCUCUAAUCUGCCUGUAAAGCUUCUGCGAGGACAUGAAACAAAGUAAAAAUCUGUUUAAAAGCCUGUAAAA